GGACACCGAGGCCAGAAAUGAAAUUGUUUGAAAUAUUACUGUUAAAUACUGCUUGUAUCGUUUCCUUCGGACGUUCUAUGACACUCGGAAAUGACGCGGAUGUUGUUAAGCAAAGAAUAGUAUCCAGCCUCUUGCCAACGGAUGAAAUGGAGGGGAAGCGGGCUGCAACAGACGCGAGUCAUUAUGUCGACAGUUUGACGACCAACUAUAGCUGGUCUGACAUUGAUUACAAGGACGAGACGAGAGGAGCUUGGAAGGCACCUGAGCAUCUGAGCAGAUUAAAGGUCAUGUCCAGAGCUUUUAGGUCAUCUUACUCGCCUCUCCAAAACAACAGCAAACUUGCCUCUGCUAUUCACGGUGCUCUUGGCUUCUGGCUUAUGAAUGACUUUAAAAAUCCAAAUUGGUGGUACAACGAAAUUGGCGUUCCACUUGAUAUUGCCAACAUUUAUUUGGUAUUCGAAAACCAAUUGACAAUGAAUGAGUCUAAGAAAGGAGUCGAGAUCAUGGAACGAGCGACGUGGUGGAAAGGAUGGACGGGUGCAAACCUUGUUUGGAUGUGUAAUAUCCAAAUUCAGAGAGGCUUGCUGACCAACAACAAAACAGCUGUAGAUCAGUGCUUUGACAGAAUUUACAAAGAGAUUGCUGUUGUGCAUCAGCAGCAGGAUGGUAUUCAGACUGACGGAUCAUUUCAUCAACACGGGCCUGAGCUGCUGGCCGGUUCAUAUGGCAGCGUGUUUACUUCACAGGUUCUUUUGUAUAUCAGUUAUAGUCAAGGUACGAAGUAUUUCAUGUCGAACGAAACUUUGUCUGCGUUUUCUCAUCUUGUUCUUGAUGGACAGCAGUGGAUGAUUUAUGGUGGAACGUGGGAUUGGUCAGUCAUUGGAAGAGGGUGUUCUAGCCCUCGUGGAGAUGGAUUUCCAUUCUCACCUUCCCAACUGCAGCAAGUACCAGGACCUCGGCAUGAAGAAUAUGUCAGUUUUGGAAAGCGAAUCAUUGACAGAUUUCAGCCUCAAUUGAUUGGCAAUUUCUACUAUUGGGACAGCGACUACAUGGUGCACAGACGACCUGGAUACAUGGUCUCUCUACACAUGCACAGCAACAGGACAGUAGCAUCUCGAUGUGUCAACAGUCAGGGCAUCAAGUCAGAGCAUUUCGCGGAUGGGGUCGUCAACCUGUACUACACCGGCCGCGAAUACAAUGACAUAUUUCCCGUCUGGGACUGGCAGCGUCUUCCUGGCAUCACAUGCGAACAACACAUCCCCCUACUCCCCUGCAACUACGAUUUCAAAGUGAAGAGUUCGAAUUUUGUCGGUGGAGUCUCCAACUCAGAACACGGAGCCGCGGCCAUGCAUCUCAUGUCACACAACCUAUCAUCACUGAACAGUUGGUUUUUCUUUGGUGACGUCUAUGUUGCCAUAGGAACAAAUAUUUCAUGUACAUCCGGGAAUCCUGUUUAUACCUCAUUGGCUAAUCGACUUCUGGAUGGAAACGUGACUGUGAGGGUGGCAGGAGUGGCAGCACCUAUAACUCUGAAGGAAGGAAAUUAUAAGUAUUCUUUGGGUGACUCGAUAGCAAAGGAUCGGCUGCUAUGGGUGCAUCAUGGCAAUACGGGAUAUUUUCCGUUAAGGAGUGAUGGUCAUGGUCUGGGUGGAAACGUUGAGUUUUUGCUUUCGACGAUGUAUGUUAACAACAUGCCAAGAACUGGAGACUGGUCAAGCAUUGGUACGUCUCAUGGAAACAUCACUCGAGACGUCUUCGACAUGUACAUCGACCACGGCUUGUCACCAAGCACCACACAAUCCUUUGCAUACGCAGUAGUCCCACUCACCGACGUCUCACCGAUGGACACACUCCUGCACUCAAAUCUUAACAUCAAGCUUCUCUCCAACACACCAAACAUCCAAGCAAUCUUUCACAUCAAAGAGAUGGUGCUUGCUGCAGUCGUGUGGGACAUGCAUGGAGGAAAGGUUGAUGGUGGAGAAGGAUGGCAAAUUGAAAUCAACUACCCAGUGCUUUUGAUCGUAUCAGAAGAAGGUGGUGGCUCACAAGGAAAGUUGAAGUUGUCGGUCAGUAGUCCCGUCUACCCACCGCGUGAGGGUAUCAGGCUACAGAUUGAUCGAAAUGUGAAGUGUGGAGAGCCUGCUAGCUCGCACGUCUUUGGUGGUUCGGGUGUGUCUACUAGUGUGAAUGUGGUGUUACCGAUGGGAGAUGAGUGGGGAAAGACGGUGACUGUGGAGUGUAGUAUGAUGUGAAGGAUUGGACAUGUAGGGUGCUGGAUGAUCGACCAUGUGUUAUGUGUUUGUUGUUUACCUUUAUUUUGUCAAUUUUUUGUAUUUGUGUGGGAUGUAUUUUUGCUUUUUCUUGAUUACUGCAAAGGAAGGUGUGGCACUUAGACUUAAUUAUGUAAUUAAGAAAUUAAAGGAAAGUAUUGGGGAUAG